AAGCCAACUUGUGUUCAAAGUUCCCUCAUCAUUAUCAUCUUCCCCUUUCAACUAUUUCCCAGUUUCUACCAACUUCGAUCUCUUCCUUCUUCAAUCAACUGAGUUGACUUUCUGCAAUCAACUGAGUUAACACUGCACACCAGCUUUUCUACAACGAGAGAACUCAGUGCUGUGGAGUCAACCGUCUGCUCAAUAAGACACAAUUUCGUCGCCUUUUUCUAAAGGAAAAAGGCCACAAGAUUUUACUUCGCCUUAGGCCACCAAAAUGGUUGAGCCGGCCCUGCCGAUAGAUCGAAUUAGCCAUCUACUUUACUUGAUCAAAAUGGCUUCACACCAAGAGUUUGCUCACUUACAAAUCUCACUUGAAGAGAUACAAGAGGCCACCAAUGACUUUGCUGAUGAAAAUCUCAUCGGCCAAGGUGCGUUUGGGAAGGUUUAUACAGGAAACCUCUUGGUGUCAGGACAGCGGACCAAUAUCGCUGCAAGGAGGUUGCAUUAUGAAUAUGGCCAAGGAGACCUUGAGUUCUGGACCGAAAUUACGAUGCUUUCUGAUCUUAAGCAUAAUAAUCUGGUUUCUUUUAUUGGGUUUUGUGAUGAAAAAGACGAGAAGAUCAUCAUAAACAAACACGAGUCCCAUGAAAGUCUCGACAAAUACCUUAAAGGCUCUGUCCUCACAUGGUUGCAACGAUUGCAAAUAUGUGUUGGCAUUGCACGGGCAUUAAAUUACAUCCAUUAUGAUGCUGAACGCAAUUACAGUGUCAUACAUCGUAAUGUCAAAAGUUCAAAAAUUUUACUAGAUGACAACUGGGAACCCAAGUUAUCUGGUUUCGAACUUGCCAUGAGAAAUACAAGUGAAAGAAGACAUCGUCUUCUCCUUGCUGAAGUUAUUGGCACUAUAGGUUACAUGGAUCCAACAUAUGAAAAGACUGGAUUUGUGACCCACAAGUCGGAUGUUUAUUCCUUCGGAGUUGUAUUAUUUGAACUGCUGUGUGGGAGGAAAGCGUUUAUUCCAAACGAGCAAGAUCAGCAGCGUGCACCUCAAUAUGCUAAAUCAGAUAACAAAGAGGAAAAGGCGGAGGAUGUCAAUAAACAAUCUCACCCCCCAACGGUGUCAGCACAAGCGCAGCAAUCCUUGUUUACCCGCGUAUGGUUGUCAUUGUUUAACUGCUUCUCACCAUCUACCGACACACAACAGUCUCCGUUUACCGAUGUAGAGUCCUAUUCGUUUAUCCGUGUACCACGGUUGUUAUCCACGUUUACCGGUGUACCCUCCUCGCCGCUUUGCUAUGGACAGGAAUGGUUAUCCCUUUUCCCCGAUGUACAUUCAGACGAACCAGAGUCAUUUAACAACGAACCACACUCAUUAAUUGACAACGAACCACAUCCGUUAGACAAUGCACAGCCAACGUCAUUUGUUGACAGAGAGCCAACUUCAUUUGCCAACAGUUGGCAGUCUUCAUUUGGUGAAAUCAUGUCGCCCAGAAUGCCAAUAAAAUUACCAAACUCCUCAAAGGAACAGGGUUUUGCACUAAAUCCCUUAUUUACCAUGAAAGGACUUGAUCAGUACUCGCAUGCUCCAUACCCGGAGUUAUUAGCUCAAUUGGCCAGAUCCCAUUAUGAUGAGGAAAAUCUAGAUGAUAUAAUUGAUCCAUAUCUAAGGGAUAAGAUGGACCCAGAAUCUUUCAAAAUUUUCUCAGAAACAGCAUAUAACUGCUUGAAGGAACAACGAGCACAACGUCCCAACAUAGAUCAAAUUCUCAGAAACCUUGAGAAAGCGUUGGUACAACAAAUGAAACGAGAAAAUCCGGGGCCGUCAAUAGUUGCUGGAGAAGUUGAAGGAAAGCCAUCCAACUCCUGGAAGGGAGAAAACUUGGAACACUUAAAGAUCCCACUCACUGAUAUAGUGUUGGCCACCAAGAAUUUUACCAAAAGAUACCUUGGGUCAGGCACAUAUGGCAGGGUGUACAGAGCAGAACUUGAGCUGUCCAUAGAAGAGAAAGGUGAACAUUCCAAGAAAUGGAGAACUGUAGCCAUCAAAUGUAUUAGAGAAGACAAGCAUGGAAAAGAAGGGUUCAUAGCUGAAAUUGAAUUACUUACUAGGUGUAAGCAUGACAAUAUAGUCUCUCUUCUUGGCUUUUGUGAUGAAGGUAAUGAGAUGAUCCUUGUCUACGAGCAUGCUUCUAAUAGUAGUCUUGAUAAUUAUUUGGGAUACACCAAUAAGUCGACUAACCUUACCUGGGUGCAACGCAUAAAGAUUUGCAUUGAUAUUGCACGUGGACUAAACUACCUUCACACAAGGGUGGAGGAUGAACAAAGGAUAGUUCACCGUGACAUAAAAAGUGGCAACAUUUUGUUGGGUAAGAAUUGGGUGGCAAAGAUUGCUGACUUUGGACUCUCCAGAUUCCACCAUAAGAAUGAACAAGCAAAAACUCUCUAUACAGAGAAUGUUGCAGGCACAAAAGAGUAUUUGUGUCCAGAAUAUAUGAAGACUGGAAGGUUGAAAAGAGCAAUAGAUAUUUACUCUUUCGGGGUUGUUUUAUUUGAGAUCUUGUCCGGGAAGCUUGCCAAUGAUCCAACUUACAUUGCGGAGGAUGAAUACGGAAUUGCACAUGUUGCACGACGAUGUUUUGAAGAGAAUACAAUACGUGAAAUGGUAGAUCCUAAAAUAAUGGAAGAAGUAGAUGAACUCAAAUCCACCCUACAUAAAGGACCUAAUCAAGAUUCUUUGGGAACAUUCUUAGAAGCUGCAUAUAGAUGUGUGGCAAUAGCUCAAGACGAACGCCCCACUGCAAAUGAUAUCCUUCAGGAACUUGAGAAAGCAUUAUCAUUCCAAGAGGAUUAUGAAAUAUGGGGUCCUAAAUUUCCUAAAGACUAUGAGGAGAUAAUCAAAUUGUCAAAAUCUUCAGAACUCUACUCUACCGCAAAGAAGAAAGAUCUUUACAACAUGUUCUCCAAGGGAAUUCUCCUUCAAGAUGACAAAGUGUGGUUUUCACUAGGAGGUAAUGGCGAAAGAAAUGAAAUGAUAUCGGCAAGAAAGUUUUCAUACAUAAACCAUAGUCCACAUAACUGGAUAUCUGUUCCGGAAUCAAGGUUUAAUAAGGUAGCGGAGAUGUUGGAUAUUUCGAAUCUGAUGAUCAAAAUCAAGACAAGAGCUCGACUCUCAUCCCAAGAUACCACAUAUGGGGUCUAUUUAGUCUUCAAAUUUUCUGAUUCAAGAAAAUUGUCAGCUAAACAUAUGUAUGUGAACCUUAAGUACACAAAGGGGAGUGAAACCUUACAUGCGUAUUUUGCAACAUGGAGAGACAAUGACUGGAUGAUUCCGGUUUUAACUUUAUACUGGAGAGCUUCUCGCCAUAUUAUUGUGGAGACUGUCCCAUCUAUGUUGAAGGCCUUGAGUUUCGAGCAAUUGAUGAUAUGAAGCAUGAAGGAAUCAAAAAGGUGCUGGAAGUCCAACAAGUCUUGAAAUCAAACUUGGAUGAGCAGGUGCCACAAUUGUCUACUAAUUAUGAACAAACAUAUAAAAGAUCCAUAGACUAUGAGGAUGGGAAGUUCGCGCUUAGUGAAGUUAAUGGAAAGAGACAUCUUAUGCUUUCGGCUAAGGCAGCUCGGUACAACUUCUCCAAUGUGAAGCUUUUUACAAUAAAACCAUCAUCCCAGUCAAGAUUUCAAGAAGUGAUUGAACUUUUACCGCAGCAAGUAUUUCAUAUCAGUUGCACGAUUAAAAGUCAAAUGUUGUCACAGGAUACAUAGUAUGUGUGUUACCUUGUUUUCAAGCUCUCGGAAACAUGUCAAGGGUUGCACUAUCGGGUGAAAGUUCGAGAUUUACUCCAGCAAGAAAACAAAGAGGCUGAAAUUAUUUAUUUUACCUCCCCAAGCCCAUGGAAUAUACAUGAUAUUACUCGGGUUCCACAACAAAGGGAAGAUGGAUGUAUGGAGGUUAAUGUCUGGAAAUAUAACUCAAAUCAUCAACUUAAAAGUGAUUGUCUUCUUGUAAAUUUGAAAUUCACAAGUUACGAAGGAACUAUGUCUGGUCUUAUUGUAUAUGGCCUCGAGUUUCGGCCACUUUGAGGAUAUUAAUAUGUGAGAAUUUUCCUUGCCAAUGCUCA